GGACCGCGGGCUGCCGGCAGGAGACUCCGCGGGAGCGCGGCCAGGCGGCCUCGCCCGGGUACCGCCCGGCGCCUCCCCAGCCCGCGAGGCUCUCGGCCGAGGACCCAGCUUGGGCCUCCUCCUCUGGCCAGAGCAAACGGAGAGUAUGAAAGCUUAUCUAAAGAGCGCAGAAGGCUUUUUUGUCCUGAAUAAAAGUACUACAAUUGGGAGGCAUGAAGAUUCAGACCUUACUUUACAGUCCUCUGACAUCGACAACCAUCAUGCGCUCAUUGAAUAUAAUGAGGCCGAAGGCAGCUUCAUUCUCCAGGAUUUCAAUUCCCGCAACGGCACCUUCGUCAACGAGUGCCACAUUCAGAAUGUGGCCGUGAAGCUGUUACCCGGAGACGUCCUCCGGUUCGGAUCUGCAGGGCUGACCUAUGAAUUGGUCGUCGAAAACCCACCCUCGGUCUCCUACCCAUGGAUGAGUGGCCCAGGACCCUGGUCAAAGCCUCAGCCACCUCGGGCCUCACAGCAGUCAAACCAGCCACCCCCUCCACCUCAGAUGCCCUUCCACCCCAACAUCCAGACAGCCUCGGUGCAGAGGAGCUGGUCCCAGGGCUUCCCCAGGCCCACGAUGGUCCAGCCCUCCCCCCACAAGCGGCCCGUGAGUGCCAGUGGGAAGAUGUUCUCGUUUGUGAUGGAUGGCACCCCCACAUCUCCCAUCUUCAAGCAAGUGUGGACCAGCAGCGUGGAACUCCCGGGACAGGUGGUGGCUGAGGGACUUUCCGGGGCCGGACCUCCCAGGGAGGUUUAUUUGGACCAGGACCUGGCCCAGCAGGAGAAGGAUGAAAUAAUUCUGCUGCUGGGAAAAGAAGUCAGCCGUCUCUCGAAUUUUGAGAUUGAAUCCCAAUUCAAAGAUGCUGUGAUAGCAGACCUGCAGAACGAAGUGGCUGAAAUGGCUCAGAAGCUGUCAGUGGCAACAGCCCCCAGGCAGAAUGAGAGGCUGAUAUCGCACAAGCUUCAGGUUCUGGAUGAGGACAUCGAUGCCAAAAAGAGAGAGAUCCAGAGCUUGAAAGGCCAGAUGAAUGCCCUACAGAAAGGCUACAGUCAGGCACUGGGCCAGACCCUGUCCGAGCGGAACUCAGAAAUCACAUCCCUGAAGAAUGAGGGCGAGAGCUUGAGGAGGGACAAUGCCAUCACAGCAGAGAUGGUGUCAUCUUUGCAAAAAGACAUGCUAGAAAGGAAUGAGCAAGUUCAUAACCUAGAACAGGAGGUGAAUCAACUAAAAAGUCAGAACAAAGAAAAGGACCAUCAGCUGGAAGCUCUUAAUGCCAGAUGCUCAGCGCUGAAAGAAGAGUUAAAGAAGGAGGAAGCUCAGAAGGAGCACAGGGAAGCCCAAGAGAAAGAGUUAAAACUCUGCAAAACUCAAAUCCAAGACAUGGAGCAAGAAAUAAAGAAGCUCGAGGAGGAGCUGAGGAACAGUUGCACUGAGCAGAACAUGAUCUCCAAGACGCUGCGAGAAAAGAGCAAGGUGGAAGAGAAACUUCAGGAGGAUUCCAGAAGGAAAUUGCUUCAGCUGCAAGAAAUGGGGAACAGAGAGAGCCUCAUUAAAAUCAAUUUGGAAAGGGCAGUAGGUCAGCUCGAGCAUUUCAGAAGUCAGGUUAUCAAGGCCACCUACGGACGUGCAAAGCCGUUCCAGGACAAACUCAUCUCCGAUCAACAGUUAAUAGAGAAAAUUACCCAGGUCACUGAGGACAACCUCAACUUUCAGCAGAAAAAAUGGACCCUGCAGAAGGAAACCCAGCUCAGGAUUUCCAGAAAGGAGGAAAUCACGGAGAACAUUGAGAAGCUGAAGACAUCCUUAGACAGCUGCCAGGCUUGCAUGAAAAUGUCUUGCUGUAGCAAUGACCUGAAGAAGGAGGUUGACCUUCUUCGGGGUCUCCAGGUGAGCCCACCUGUUUCGGGACUCCAGAAGGUGGCUCUGGAAAUCCUGAGCCUCUUGCUGUCCUGGCUGGAGGACACGGAGCAUCUCCUCCGGAGCGUCGGGAUCCAGUUAUCCAGUUCCGACAAAGGACUGUCUUUGUAUUUGAAAUAUCUUCUGGAACAUUAUCAAAAAAUUGUGAACCAGACCCAGGAACUUCAGAUCAAGAUGGACACUUUCCAGGAGACUCAGCAGUCCUUGCUGAAGGAAAAGCUGCAGGAGCAUCUGGCCGAGAAGAAGCUGUACGAGGAAAGGCUGGAGUGGGAGGACAAUCUGAAAGCCAGGGUCAAACAGCUGAAGGAAGAGAAGGCGGCUUUGGAGGAGAGCAUUGCUGAAGAGAAAAACAGAGCGAGGGAAGCCUUAGAGGAAGAACAGAAGAGGGUCCAGGAGCUGGAGAGUCGCUUAACCCGCCAGAAGGAGGUUUUGGAGAGCAACAUGGCCCACGAGAAAAGAAAAUCAAAGGAAGCCUUAGAGACAGAAAAGAGAAAAGUUCAAGAUCUGGAGAAUCACUUAACCCAACAGAAGGAGGUUUCAGAGAGCAGCAUUGCCCACGAGAAAAACAAGGCGAAGGAGGCCAUCGAGAAGGAGAAGAAAAAAGUGCAAGAUCUGGAGAAUCGCCUCACCCAGCAGAGAGAGGAAAUAGAAUUAAAAAUGCAAAAAGAGAAUGCCUUAAAUAAUAAAUUAAAUGAUGCACUGGUCAUGGUAGAAGAGACCCAGAAAAUAAAGGUGGCUGAAAGUAUAAAAGUAGAGAACCUCACAAUCAGAUUAAAUGAAACUUUAGCUGAAGUGGAAACUGCCAAGACAAAAUUGAUCAUGAUGGAGGAGCGAAUUCUGCGGCAACAGCAGACGGCAGCAGCCCUCCAGGAAGAGCGAGAAUCACAGAGAAGCGGAUUUGAGGAAGAAAUUGCAGAAUACAAGGAGCAAAUCAAACAGCACGCCCAGACGAUUGUGAGUCUGGAGGAAAGACUCCAGAAAGUGACACAACACCAUAAAAAAAUAGAAAGCGAGAUUGCGACGCUGAAGGACAGUGGCCCAGCUCAAAAGGAGGAACUGCAGCAAGACCCUCCAGUGGGACCGCCAUCGGAGAGCACUGCCAAAGAGGAGGCCUGCAACGACUUGAUAGAAGAUUUACUGACUGCCCAGAAGGAAAUCCUGUCUCAACAGGAGAUCAUCAUGAGGUUAAGAAAAGACCUUACGGAAGCCCACGGCCGAAUGUCAGAUUUGAGAGGGGAGCUCAGCGAGAAGCAGAAGAUAGAACUGGAGCGAAACAUGGUGCUGCUCCAGCAGCAGAGCAGCGAGCUGAGUGUGCUCAAGGAGAAGAUGGCACAGAUGACCAGCCUGGUGGAAAAGAAGAACAGGGAGGUGGAGGUCCUCAAGGAGGCGCUAAGGGCUUUCCAGGAGAAACAGAAACUCCAGCUGAACACGGAGAAGGACCAGAAAGCCAGGAAUGCAACCCAGAUGUGUGACAUCUCAGUGCAGAUGGAACCAAGCCACACUGACAUUUUCUGGAAUCACCAAGAGCCUCAGGCGCAAUCUUUCAGUGAUCUAGGGGUCAGGUGUAAGGGAUCCCGACACGAAGAAGUCAUUCAGCGUCAGAAAAAGGCCCUCGCUGAACUUCGAGCGCGCAUCAAGGAACUUGAGAAGGCCUGCUCGUCAAAUCAAAAGGACCAACUGACUGAAUCGUUUCUAGAAUUAAAGACUCUCAGAAUGGAAAAAAAUGUCCAGAAAAUAUUACUGGACUCAAAACCUGAUUUGUCACCUUUCUCAAGAAUAGAGAUCCGAGCGCCUCAAAACGGCCUUUCCAACUCAGGGUCCAUUCAGAACAUGGAGAGGUCGGGCAAAGUGGAUGUGGCUGAGGCUUUAGAGCUCAGUGAAAAACUGUACCUGGACAUGAGCAGAACGCUCGGGAGUCUGAUGAACAUCAGGGACAUGUCGGGGCAGGUGUCCAUGAGGUACCUUUCCCCAAAAGAGAGGGAGAAAGUCAACCAGCUUCGCCAGCGGGACCUGGCCCUGGUGUUUGAUAAGAUCACCCAGCUCAAGGGCCGGCUGGAGAGGAAGGAGGAGCUCCUGCGAGGCCAUGACGAAGACACUGAACAGCUCAGGCAGAGCAAAGUGUCUGUCCAGAUGUAUCAGUCGCAGGUGGCAAAGCUGGAGGACAAAAUCUACAAAGAGGCAGAGGAAAAGGCCCUGCUGAAGGAGGCUCUGGAGCGCACAGAGCAACAGCUGCACCAGGAGAAGAGGAUCAACAGGGCCAUCAAGCAGCAGAAGGAACAUUUAGAAGAUCACGAACAGAGAAAUGCAAAAGAAGCAACACCUUGGAACUCUUCCUUCAGAGAGAGAGAGAGGCAGAGACGAAUGUUUGUAGAGAUGGUGAAGAACAAGAUGCAGAAUUCAAAUUUCCAGGUUGGAGUCAGAAAAGCCACCCCAAAGAUGGACCAAGAAAGAGAGACACUGAAAAAAGACUCAUCAAGCAAAUCCAGCCACAGCCUUUUGUUUUCUGAGCCCAGUGGAAGGAACUAGAGACUCGUCGUCCCACCAAGCCUGGCCUGAUCCCUGUGAGUCAAUUCGACUCUCUGUGUCAAAAUACUAAGAUGCUUCUGUAGGACUUUAAAGAUUGUUACCCUAGUGUUUUGCUUUCUAGACUAGUAUUUUGCACAAUAAUGUAUUUUGGAGCGUGUGGGGAGAGGGGUUUUUUUUUGGAAGAUACCAAUGAAUGUUUACAUACUUAGGUACAGGAAGAACAUAUUUAAGUUUGUAACCCAGACUCCUAAGCCUUGGUAGAUAAAAUGAUGUGUUUGUUUACGUACCUAAACGUCACACCUCUGGGGAGCUCCAAGAGACCCUCAAUUGGGAAAACCCAAGACUUGUAGUGGGGCCACAGGACAGAAUGGUAACCUCAGUGCUGUUGGAGCCAUAAUAUAGUGCAUUUAUAUCUCAGUUAAUUACAAUAAAUUUAAAACACUAAUCGGUUUUAUUGCUUCCGUAAUAAUGGCUCACAUUUACAGGACACUCGGCAGUUUUCAAAACACUUCUCACUUAAUCCUCCCUCCCAAACCGUGAGAGGUAAAUAGUGUUACAUUCUCCAUUUUACAGACAAGGAAGCAGAGGUCCAGAGAGGUUUUAGGCAUGCCUAAAAUCACACAGCAGUGGAGUCUUUAACCCAGGUCUCUAACUCCAUCUCACACUGCCCAUUCUGCCACACCAAGAUGGCACAGUAGUUCAAGCCCCCAGGCCAUAAGGAGAGACCAAAUUCCCAGUAACCAAAGAGCAGACACUUCCCAGGUGGACACAACCCUUUUCUCCAAAGCUCUGUCCUCUCUCCAUCCACCCGUCUUCUCACUGCCUUUCUUACAUGGCCAGGGCAGCCAAACAAAAUGGAAGGAGGAGCCAGAAUCCAUGAAUAUCGUUUACUUUCUUAUUUUUUAAAAGCCACAAUAAAAAACAUUUUGAUA